AUGGAAUUUCGUCUUUCCUAUGUGCUUAAGCUGCUAUUUGCAUGGAUCCAAGUGAUAGCAAUUGCUCAGGCAAAGUCUUCAUCGGGUUCAAAAACACUGAUCGUUUACGACCAAAGGGUCACCGCUCUCGAAGAGUACAGCGUAGUUUUCAACAGUCUAAAAGAUCGAUCUUUCGACAUUCACUACACAGCCAUAGGCAAUGACUCUACACCGAUUGAGCUCUUUGAUGGAGAGUCCAGGGAUUACGAUAAGCUGAUCAUUUUUCCCACAAGAUCCAGACACUUCAAUAGGCAACUGCCAGCCAACAAACUUCUAGCCUUUUUAAAUAAUGGUGGUGACGUACUUGCUAUGACCUCUCCCGAUGGGGUAGCUGAUAAUGUUCGCGUCUUUUUGAAUCAAUUGGGAAUAUAUCCGAGCCCAAAGAACUUUGUUUUGAAAGACUAUAUGCAUGCUACUGACGACGACAACUCACUUCUGCUUUCAUCAUCCAGUAUCCUCAAUGAGCAUGUUGUGACAAAGGGCAACUAUGAGUUGAAAUAUAAGGGUUCCGCCGCAUUGCUCGAUAACUCUGAGCUGAUUAUUCCAGUUCUACAGGCUCCUAGAACAUCGUUUACUGAAGAUUCACAAAAGGCUAAUGAAAAAUGGACUGUAGGCACGCAAGGCUACGCGGCUGUAUCAUUUCAAAGUCUGUAUAACUCACGAGUUUCUUGGGUAGGUAGCGACUCCUUCUUCAGUGAUAGAAGCUCUUCUCCCAAUUCUCAAUUUGUUGACGAGCUGAUGAAGUGGACAUUUAGCGAAAAAUCUGUUCUGAAGUCUGUAGGAGGGUCACACGUACAUCUAAGUGGCCUCGACUAUGCAGACGUUCCAUACAAGAUAAAUGAUCAAGUUGUUUACAAGAUAGGGCUCAGUGAAUGGAAUGGGGAAUUUUGGGUUCCAUUCAUGGCCGACGAUGUCCAACUCGAGCUCAGAAUGAUUGAUCCUUACUACCGUAUCACUUUGGUGCCAAAUACAUCCACAGAUUGCGUUCAGUAUUACUCGUCUGGCGAAAUAAACCUUCCUGAUCAUCAUGGCAUUUUCACAUUUAGUGUCAAUUACAUGAGAAGCGGACUAUCCUUUGUUAGCGAGCGAGACGUCAAAGCGAUUCGUCAUUUGGCUAACGAUGAGUAUCCCAGAAGUUGGGAAAUUACGAAUUCGUGGGUGUACCUGACUGCAAUCUAUUCGGUCAUCGGUGCCUGGUCAAUAUUUGUUGUGCUAUUUCUGGGUAUUCAAGGCCGCAAAGACGUCACUGUUGAAAAGAAGAACAAUUAG